AUGCUUCGCAAACUACUGAACGUAUUGGAAUACACCGCCACAUAUAGAAACUCAACAUACCAAAAAAGAGCAAGCGUCCUAAAUGGGUUAACUACAUUAGACACUCGGUUAGAAGCGACUGACUGUAUCCUCCAGGUGCGGCACUGUGCCGGGACUUUGACACUGUCCGACAAUCUCUGCAAGCCGUUUUACAAUAGCACUCUUCCGAAAGACUCUGAGAAUCCUCAUAAAAGCAUUAUACAUAAUCUCUGUGCCUCCGCUGCCAGCAUUGUAGGUUAUCAAUAUCCUGGAACCUACGACGGUUCCGGGAUUGUAUAUGGCAACGCCUUGCGUCUGUGCGACGCCAUCCUGGCAUUCUUAGAUGUAUUGCAUGACGAUGUAAUUGUGCCGCUUGAAUCCCAACUGCGGCGUGGCCACAAGGGGUUUUGUCACGUCAUCCCCAAGGUGGCCACUGGCCUGCGGGACUAUAACGCCGCUGUCAAGGCUUCAAACGAAAGAGUCAAGAAGCCGAUUGAAACUGUGUUGGAAUACGUGAAAGCAGAUGGUGAGUUGUGUAGAGGUAUAAAUGAUUUGCAGAUAACGGAAACAUCUACGCCAGCUGAAGAUGAGAGAACUGUGGAGUCCGCUGUCUCCCUGGUGGAGGAGUGCAAAGAGGUUGCCAGGGUCUUCUCUAGAAGCUUGACGGCGGCCACAAAUGCCAUAAAUGACCUGAACCCCAAGCUGAAGAGAAAGUUUUAG